UAACGGAGUUGACAGCUGGGUAGGCUACCUACUUGAGUGCCGUUAACUUUACCUGAGAGGCUCUCCUCCUCCUCCGGAAUACGGUUGUUUAGGACUGACUGUCUGUGCCAAGUGGAUGAGAAUUUAAACGGCACACUGCUCACAUCCAAUAAUAUCAGACAGAAAAGAAGUUAAUCAUUCACGCAGCCUCUUACUCCGCGCAUAUGUAUUUAUUUAUUUAUCAGUCGGUGUUCCUUCCUCGUUGCAAGGGCACUUUUGCAAGUCUAAGCACGAUGGGUCAUAAUGUAAACACGUCUGCAAUCACUAGAGGCCUCUUGUGGUCAUUAAAAGUCAGGAGUUCAACUCGAGUUUUUUUUUUUUUUAGGAACUGAGUGGUUCUCGAAGAUUCAAGUCCUCGUCGGCGCUCUCAUUAAGUGGCCCUCAUAAACAUCACGCUAAAAUGUCAACGUUUCAUCCAUAUCUUUCUGUGAGUAACAGCGGUAUUAUAACUGAAGCAAGCAUUUAAUGCACAAUGAAUUUUACGCAUCGAUGCAGUUACAUGCGCAAAUGUUAUUUUAUUUUUAUUUACUUUUUUUAAACAGUGUGUGGCGGUGUUUAUUUGAAACGAGGCAGCUUACAGCCACGUAAUAGGAAUUAUGCGCUGGUGUACAGAUGACAGAGUUGAUUUGUAUUGUUGCCUUAGCUGCGGAUGCCCCGCCUCUUAAACCUGGCACCCAGCUAAAACAAACGAAAGUCAGUCUCGAGCUCCCACUCAAGCCAAUUAAGGCGGACUUCACGCGCCCUCUUACGUGUCUAUCUCGCUGUGUCGACGCUGAAGCAACAGGAACAGAGGAGCUAGCCAAAAAAAGAGAAGAAGAAGAAGAAGAAGAAGAAGAAGAAGAAGAAGAAGAAGGACAGGUUCCUUUACCUUCUGAUUUCUCCAACACAGAACAAUGUCGAUGAGUCCUAAGCAUACGACUCCUUUUUCUGUGUCCGAUAUCUUAAGUCCUCUUGAGGAGAGCUACAAAAAAGUAAGUAUGGAGGGGAACAGUUUGGGGGCUCCUCUUGCCUCGUACCGGCAACCGCAGGUGACACAAGCUGCGAUGCAGCAGCAUCACAUGGGCCACAACGGAGCAGCUGUGCCCGCUGCCUACCACAUGACAGCCACAGGAGUGCCACAGCUGUCCCACACGGCUAUGGGAGGCUACUGCAACGGCAAUCUGGGCAACAUGAGCGACCUGCCGGCUUAUCAGGACGGCAUGAGGGGCAGCACGACAGCCACAAGCUGGUACGGAGCAAAUCCAGACCCACGCUUUUCUACCAUCUCUCGCUUCAUGGGCUCCUCUUCUGGCAUGAACAUGAGCAGCCUUGGCUCCUUGGCAGAUGUGGGUAAAGGCAUGGGAUCCCUGAGCAGCGCUCCGAGGAGAAAGAGACGUGUGCUCUUCUCACAGGCGCAGGUCUACGAGCUCGAGCGCCGCUUCAAGCAGCAGAAGUACCUCUCCGCACCGGAAAGGGAGCACCUAGCCAGCAUGAUCCACUUGACCCCGACCCAGGUGAAAAUCUGGUUCCAGAAUCACCGCUACAAAAUGAAAAGGCAGGCCAAAGACAAAGUGUCCCAGCAGCAGAUGCAGCAAGAGAGCGGUUCUUGCCAGCAGCAGCAGCAGCAGUCUCCGCGGCGGGUAGCCGUGCCUGUGUUGGUGAAGGACGGCAAACCAUGCCAAGGCGGGGGCCACACUCCCACUAGCGCGGCACAAAACCAUCAUCACCAGGGCGCCAACGUCAUGCUCAUGGCUAACAAUGGCGCAAUGGGCCAGCAUCCGAGUCAGCAGGUAGGCAGCGCUGGCCAGUCUCCAGAUUUGGGCCAGCACGGUACCAGUCCCUCUUCCCUCCAGACUCAGGUGACCAGCCUAUCACACCUGAACUCCUCUGGCGCCGACUACGGCACGGCCUUGCCCUGUUCCGCUCUGCUGUACGGCAGGACGUGGUGACAAACGGACAGACCGCAGACGGAUAGACAAUAUCUGUAGGCUAUUUGACCUCGACGUCUGCUUUGACCGAGUCAACAGCAACACACACACAAAAAAAUGAAAUACUCUGUAACCGUUUUGAACAGCCCGGCUUGUUGUUACUUUUUGUCCUCCGUCAUCUCAAAAUCCAGAUUGGAAGGGUGGAG